AUGGUUUCAUUAUAUAUAUUCUUCCUGUCAACGUUAACACAAGUUGACAUCAAUAAUGACAACCUUGGAAGACAAUUCCGUGCUGGAUUGGUAUCUUCUACAGAAAGCGGCAUUCGAAAAUUGACAUUGAGGAAUAGAUAUGUUUUGGCGAGAAAUAUUCAGCGAACUACAGCUGCAAAUGUCGGUAAAUGCGUGGAGAAAGUAGCAUAGUUACAAUAGUGCGGUCAAUCCCGAAAGAAUUCUGGAUUGGGGUGUUCAACGAUCUGUUUUUUAUGCUUGUUAAACAUUAUCGACGAAAAACCCCUACUUUUGAAAAAUGUUGCCGGGAAAAACGUCUCCUCAUUGGAAUUAAUUAAAAAAAUUAAUAUUUUGAUAUCGAGAACAUGUACUGUAUUACGCUCAGAAAGUUUUCAAUUAUUAUAAAUGAUAUCUAAAUUCACUUAAACAAAGUGAGGUAGACUACUUUAAAUAUUGGAGAAAUAUUAAAUGGCAUGUUCUGUCACGUUCACUGCAAUGUACUAUAUUUUGUAGCUGACGUGAAUGAGUGUUUAUCUUCAACUCGCUGUGGUCCUGCUCAACGUUGUGUAAACUACCCUGGAACGUACCGUUGUUACUGUAGCAGUCCACGACAAAUUAUUAUUGAAUCUGGUCUAUGUUCAGGUAAGAACACGAUUUCCUGACUUCCGAACAUUUCGUAAAUGGGAGGAACGAAAAGUGAGCGCACCUAAAUUGAAUGAUUAUAGCUUUUGCCCGUUUCAAUUUAAAUACACAACACUUCACUACUUUCCUAAAAUUUAUCUGGAAGUACUACAUUGUAUUUGUAGUGUUUAGGUCGCUUACCUAAACCUUGUUGCCAUGAUAACCAAGUUUAUGUAGACGUGUCAAAUCAAUAUUUUUUCAGCAAAUGUUUUUUUUUUGUUUUAUCACAUCUUUGGGCCUAAAGCUUAUUUUUGCAAACAUAUGCCUAAGAUCUGAGUUAUUUAUAACGUCGUCAAUCAAAGAUGGCGGAAUUCAACCUGGCGGUGGAAUUCAACUCAAUGACGUAAUCUAGUCAAAAUCCGGUCGUUUAGGUUCGAAAGUGAAGAACAUUCACAAUUUACUCUAAAUGAUAAUUUGAUGUAAUAACUCGGCCUCGCGGACCAAUAGUUAAUAAACAUCUUUCUAUAAAAGACCGCCAAAUCUCAUAUAUUUAUAUAUAAUAAUAUUCAGAAACCACAAAUCUUCGUUUCCGAAUCAGUUUCAAUUGAAAAUUGCAAAACAAUGGUUUUAGAAAUAUACAUUAGAAAUUCGAGAAUUUGACUAACGAUGACGUUAUAAUGACGCCACCACGUGUUGCAAUGGUACGAGAAGUUGCGCGCAAUUGAACCUGUCGUUCAUGACCGUCUUAUCUGAAAGUUUCGUUAUCAUACCUUACCUACUUUUGGGGAUAUUAGCCGCUGUAAAAUUCCAAUCCGCCCCCUCAGUUUCAGGAGACAAAUAAAGCCCAUUCUUGAUAUAGGAAAUAAUAAGAAUGAGGCACAAGCAUCUUUAUUAUAAUACAAGAUUUGCUGUAUUUGUUUACCUUUAAAUAAUCAUCGUCCAAUAUUUGCAACGUGCAUGAAUCAAAUUCAUCUCGUUAUUUUAAAAUUGUAUUUCAUUCGUUGAAAUUGGCAUUUCAUCAAAACCAAAGGAUUUGGACCAUUCAAGGCAGUGCAAUAAAUUCUGAUUAAAAUUAAUAUUUGAAAUACAUUCGCAUCGAUAGAUUAUACUAUUGUUUUUAGAUGUUAUAACAUUUCAAGGAAUUUUAAAUAUCACAAAUCUGGGCACUUUUGAUCCAAACCUUCUCAUUAUCAACAGUAUUCCUUGGCUACAGCUUGCUUUAUCACUGGAAAGUGCGGUAAGUCUUAUAAUUGUACAUGGAAAUAGACAAUCUUGGAUCAAGGGGAAAUACCGAACCUGAAAUUUUGCUUAAAAAAUCAAUAAAUUUGGAUUGCCAAAGUAACCUUAACAAGACAUACGAGCAACAGAAAUAUGGGCACUUCCAAAGGUUGUUCGUACGCGUGACUUUGGAGAUAUCGAAUAUCGGAUAUCCAAUAUUCGAUAUCCAGUUAGUGAUGCCAUGCUCCUUCUCUGCCGUGCUUUAUUAAUAUGGCCUCAAAAAUAAUAAAAAAUUGCAUUUAAAAUAAAAUCCAUCCAAAUUUUUGAAACAGCAAUGAUUAUAUAUACUUAUUUUCCAAAUGGUAUUAAUGUACGAUAGUAUUAAAAUUAUAAUAAUAUUAAAAGAUUUUGUUAUCAUUAACUGCAGUUAGAAAUGAGUAUUAAUUCUGGAAACGAAAAUGAUAAGAAAAAUAUUAUAAUUUAAACAAGACUGGUUUACUGGAAUACUCGUGUGAAGCUAGCCUGAUUUCCCCUCGUGCAGAAAAUAAGGCUCUGCCGUUUUUGUGUUUAAUUUCUGUCGAGCAUGCUCUGUUUCCAAUAUUAUGUCAAAACAUGUCAAACAUCACUUGUACUUUUAGAAUGAUUGCUAAAUUUUAGAGAACCAAGCACAUGCAGUUUUCGCUACAUGCUGGGGGCGUGCAACUCCACGUGCUGUACAAUUACGACAAUUUAAACAAUACGGAAACAUUUUCAAAUUGAUAGUUUUGUCACUUGUCAGUUGCGAAAUCAAACUAUUACUAAAUUUUUACAAUUGCUAACUUGCUAGUUUAUUUUAUCCUACGUUACUUUUCAGUAUAUUUAAGUUAUUGUCAGCCCAAUUUCUGUUAUAAAGUAUAUAGUUUUAAAUUUUGCAAGUAUAUAUAGCGGGCUCAAAUUGUAGUAAUCGGUUUACAUACAAAACGAAGGCGAGCGCAUUCAAAACCGGUUAGAACUGGUUUAUUACCGGUUUACUUCGUCCAGAAUUUUGGACGAACAAAAGCAAAGAACGGCAGAAAACAUAAAAACGUAAAAACGGCCUUAUUUCUACGCGAGGGGAAAUCAGGCUGCUAUCCGGGUAGUGUGACGCAAAAUGAGUACAAUUUAUUGUCCCUUUUGUAUUGGAUUUAAAGCAUUAUUAUUAUAAUAAACGCAACGCAUGCAAAAUCUCAAGUUAAAUUUCUAGUGAAACUAUAUUGCUCUUGUUUUUACUUUAAAGUUAUAAAGUCAUUUUAGAGCACAAAAAUUUACUUGCAUUGCAGGUUAACGCAGCUUAUCGAAAAAGCAACCUUGCCAGUAGAUAUAAAGGAUCUCAAGUUACAGGUUUUAGGUAAGCUCAUGCGUUGUUAUAAAAAAGAAGUGACACUAAAACGUUGGUUGAAUAUUAUUGGAUACACAAUAAUUUAAUUUAAUUUAAUUUAAUUUAAUUUAAUUUAAUUUAAUUUAAUUUAACAAAUUUAUUUGGAUCAAUGUAUAUGUAUAUAACACAUUUGAAAGCUAGAUCCAAAACGGCAGGGUACGAACGGGACUCUUUGAAAAGUUCCCAUGCAAGCCACCUUCCGGCGUCCAAUUAUAUGAUUAUAUGUACAUUUAUAUACUUUAUAUUCACAUAGUAUACAUAUACGCACGCUCACAGACAAAGCACGCACACAGACAGGUUACACGCACAGACUAGCCUGCGUAGCAGGCGGUAUUCGCGGACCCGAGAGAAUGGGAAACUUGAAAUACCGCCUGCCCAGUGUUUCCACAACGCAUCAUUCAAAUUUCCUUGAUUUUGCUAAUUAGAAUGUCCUUGAAUUUCCUUGAAAUAGGAUGUAAUUUCCUUGAAAUUUCCUUGAUUAAAGCGAAGUAUAUUUCGGCAACUAGAAUUCAUCAAUACUUAUACAGUAAAGUAAGACAGAAACAGAAUGGUACGUUUAUUUCGUACAACUCUUAAAAACAAAGCCUUUACACAACAAUUUUGAAAGCUUUAAAAUGUAAAAUACUAGAGUUUAAUAUUGUUCUCAAUAGUCAACAAAUUCACAUGCCAAAAUUCGCCUGCACGCAACACGCUACCUGAUUUCGGCCUAAAAUUCAGGUUGUGUGCAGCCGACUUAUAAUUAGUUUAAUUAAUAAUUAUAGAUUCUACUGACUCAGUCACAAGCUCCGAAAAAGGUUUUUUACUUUUCCACGCGGACAUAUUGGUUAUGAGCGAAGAAAAGUAAUAUAAUUUAAAAUUAAUGAAAGGUUCCUGGGAGAAUCUUCAAAACAUUUCAGUUGACUCAAAAAUUCCUUAAAUUUCCUUAGAAUUUUCAAAAAUUCCUUAGAUUUCCUUGAUCCCUUUUUUUUCCAUGAAACGUCUUUUUUCGGUCAAAAUUUCCUAGAAAAAGAAAAUUUCCUUGAAAGUGGAAACACUGCGCCUGCCCAAAAACUACACAUUCUGAGUUCUCCCCGGCAGCUGGGUGCCGGAGCAUUCUGAUUGGUAGCCUGAGUAGCAGGCGGUAUCUGAUUGGUCAGAAUGUUGAUUUUGAAUUUUUGAUUGACAGGAAUACAGAAUUAGAAUAAUUAGUGCAAAUUUUAGAAGUUACUGUUGCCGUAUUUAUAAUAUAAACUAUUGUUAUUUUCGUAAUUGUACCGAUAUAUCGAGUGAUGGCAUACACUAACCAGAAGAUAACGAAUGUAUUAAUUGAGAAUUAAGCGUUAAUUGAAUUCUUUGAUCUUUAUCUGGAAUCGGAAAUCACUUCGUCUUGAAGAAUGAACAACGAAUGUCAUUCCAACAUUUGUUGCUUGAAGAUGUGAUACUGUGAUAAAAGUGUAGAUUUGAAGAUACAGGCUCGUAAAUGACACUCUAAGUCGUGUUUUUGAUAGCGAUUGGAACAAGCCUAUUACAAAGUUACGUCUGAAGGGGCCGAAGUUGUGUUCGGCGAAAGGUAUGGCUAGUCUAUAUUUUUGUUCAGACAAUUGCGUAAUUUGAUAAUACACGAACUCGCUUCACUUUCAAUGUGACUUUCAACUGGUGUAAAUACGUGAGUUUGACAAAUAAUUAAAAUAAAUACAUUACUGUAAGAUGGGCGAGACCAUGCGUUGGGCGGAACUCAGAAUGUGUAGUUUUUGGGCAGGCGGUAUUUCCAGCUUCUAACCGCCUGCUACGCAGGCUACGCACAGACAGGUUACACACAGACGCUUAAAGGCCAUUUCCCACCGCAGUCGCCCCGCACGCGCGAUUUUAUCAUGUGAAAAAUUAGUUCUACUUUCAUGGCGUGUCCGCGAGAAUUCAGGCGGACAAAAAUGAAUGUCCUUUCCGCUCGCGCGGGCAAAGCGACUGCACUGGAAAAUAGUCCCAAAGAUGGUCUAUUGAACACACAUUUACUUUCGCUGUUCUCUGUGACAGGGACAGUCACGCACCGAGAACCAAGUACAGGGUACGUCAACAUCAUAUACAAAGCGUAGAAGUUCAAAAUAGCUGCGUUUAAGAACGUUUUUGAAAGAGAUAGGGCUAGAAAAUGUAUCUGGAUUGACAUCGUGACAUACAUUUAGUGUAGGACCUGUAUAUGAGUUUGCAUGCAUUUCAUUUAGGACAGAUGAUCUCAACUGUUUUGGGGCAAGUUGACUAUGGCGGUCAACAUAGUAACGCUGCCCGAACCUCAAUCCGGGGCGAAACGUCCGAAACUGACCACACCCAAAAACGACGCUUUCGCCAUACUGCUAUCUACCAAACCAUAAAAGCUUUGGCUAUUCUGAGGUGCUUAUAUGGUUCAAAGUUGGUACUUUUGGGGGUGGUCAUUGGUAAGUGUGAAAUGCCUAGCACUAAUAUUUCACAAGAAAAUGACCAUCCAGUAAUCAUAGUUAAACGUCAAUUUGUGGCUUGCAAAUUCAGAUAAACAGCAGUAAACUUACAUUACCUUUUUCCCUAAAUCCUUUUGAUAGAAACAUAAUUGGUACCUAUCUAAAUAUAUUAUCACUGGUUUGGUGUAAAAUAGUAAAUAUUUUCUGACCAAAAUAUUAAUUUGAAAUGUGCCUAUCUCCUGCAAAUGGACGUAUUUGGCCAAGUUCUCCACUUUACUCCGCUGUUUAUCGGCGAUCUCGUCGACAUCCUUCCAAAAAUGUAAAUCAUCUCAGACAUAAUGGUAUCAAGAACAUUUUAAACAAGUUUCAACUUGGUUUCAAGUAGAUCACAGCUGUUCAGUUAACCAUUGACAAGAUAAAUCCACAACUUUGUCCAAAUUCGGCGCCACUUUGUCAUCCCAUGUCGGUUGUCAACAAUUCGGCCUUGUUACUCUUCCAUUCAGGCCAUAUCCAUUGCACAAAUAACAAAUUUAGCACUUUGUUAAGGCAUGUAGUAAAACACUGACUACCGGAACACCGGAACACCACCGGAACACCACCGGAACACCAUCGGAACACCACCGGAACACCACCGGAACUCCACCGGAACACCACCGGAACACCACCUAACCCUAACCCUAACCCCAACCCUAACCCCAACCCUAACCCUAAUCCUAACACCAAACCCUAAUCCUAACCCUAACCCCGAACAAAAUGGUGGUGUUCCGGUGUUCCGGUGGUGUUCCGGUGUUCCGGUAGUCAGUGUUUUACUACAUGCCCUUUGUUAAGGGUAUUAAAAUAAAAAUCCAAAUGAAAUAUGCGAAAUGCAGCAUUUUAUCACCCGGUAAAAUUUUGCUCACGAGUCUUUCAAAACAUUCCGUACAAAUCUCGCGUGGUUUAGCAACAGGGACGUGACAGGGGGGGGUGAAUUAUUUCACGAAGAUAGAAGAAGGUUGCGUGAAAUAGACUAAAAGCUAAAUACAAUCAUACAAACGUUUGUGUUAUUUCUUGUAGCGACAAAUAUAUACAUAUUAUUAUUUAUUAAUAUGAACAAAUCAUACAAAUUAAAUGUUGAUUGUUGGUUUUAGUACGUUUUACCAUACUUUGUAACUGUGUGGGCUUUGCUUUCAUUUUUGAGUCUCUACUCCCUCCCCCCCCUGCCACGUCCCCGUUGCUAAACCACGCGAGAUUUGUACGGAAUGUUUUAAAAGACUCGUGUGCAAAAUUUUACCGCGUGAUAAAAUAAAAUUUUACAUAUUUCAUUUGUAUUUUUAUUUUAAUACCCCUAACAAAGGGUUAAAUUUGUUAUUUGUGCAAUGGAUAUGGCGUGAAUGGAAGAGUAACAAGGCUGAAUUGUUAACAAGCGACAUGGGAUGACAAAAUGGCGCUGAAUUUGGACAAAGUUGUGGAUUUACCUUGUCGAUGGUUAAACAGCUAUGAUCUACUUGAAACCAAGUUGAAACUUGUUUAAAAUGUUCUUGAUAUCAUUAUGUCUGAGAUGAUUUACAUUUUUGGAAGGAUGUCGACGAGAUCGCUGAUAAACAGCGGAGUAAAGUGGAAAACUUGGCCAAAUACGUCUAUUUGCAGGAGGUAGGCACAUUCUAAAUUAUUAUUUUGGUCAGAAAAUAUUAACUAUUUUACACCAAACCAGUGAUAAUAUAUUUAGAUAGGUACCAAUUAUGUUUCUAUAAAAAAUAUUUCGGGAAAAAGGUAACGUAAGUCCACUGCUGUUUAUCUGAAUUUGCAAGCCACAAAUUGACGUUUAACUAUGAUUAUUGCAUGGUCAUUUUCUUGUGAAAUAUUAGUGCUAGGCAUUUCACACUUACCAAUAACCACCCCCAAAAGUACUAUCUCUGAACCAUAUAAGCACCUCAGAAUAGCUAAAGCUUUUAUGGUUUGGUAGAUAGCAGUAUGGUGAAAACGUCGUUUUUGGAUGUGGUCAGUUUCGGACGUUUCGCCCUGGAUUGGGGUUCGGGCAGCGUUACCAUGUUGACCGUCAUGGUCAACUUGCCCCAAAACAGUUGAGAUGGUCUGUCCUAAAUGAAAUGCAUACAAACUCAUAUACAGGUCCUAAACUAAUUGUUCCACGAUUUGACAAUACGGUUGAAAUAAGAUGAUUGAAACGUAGCAGUUCUACACAUAGGAGUUUGAAGCAUUACACCAGUAGCUUGGCCAAGUGCAUAAUACCUGUAGCUGGUGCAGCUAAAAGUUUGUGAAGACUAUUUUCCCUUGUCAUACAUGCGUGCGCCGCUAAAUCGUAGUGUGCGUAUGCCCUGCCAUACUGUGUUUAUCUUAACUCACACGACUUUCUGUAGAGCGUUGGUGACAUUUUUCCGAACUCAAAGGUAAAAACCGCUUGCUUUGAUGUACAAUGUAAUUGCUUUUAUUUACAGGGAAGGAUCAGUGAUUGCAACGUACGUUGUUACGUUCGGUCAAGCAAGGCAAGAAAUUACGGUUUCGAAUGUUCAAGCUGCCAUACAACGUCAAGUUACCGAAACCGUUACUGGCACUUUCCUUGGGCAAUAUCAACUAUCCGGAACCAGGCAGACUGCAGUAAUGUAUCAAGGUUAGUCGAUCUUCUCAUUUCGUAGGGAGAAGCUGUCGUCCUAAAAACAUACAUAUGCAGCUUUUUCAAUUAAGAUUAUCAUAGUGGAUUGUACCUUUCAAGAGCGAACAAUAAGAUGGGUAUACCAAAUUUUAACUGAUUUUCAGGUGUUUUGGUAGCCUGUGACUAUUUUUUUUUAUUUUGAUAAUUCCCCGAUAUAUACAUGAUUUAUAAUAAAUUUUACACUAUAAAAUAUAAUCUUAUUCCCAUGGCGUUUGAGAAGAGAUUUUCGGUCGAUUUUAAGAACAAGUACGGACAGUAUAUUGACCAACAGCUAGCCAAUGAAAUUAUGAAAGCCUUUGUUAGUGUAAUGGACGACUAUACUCCGUUAUCGGAGGACGUAUUCGUGCUGACGGGAUCACGAUGAACCUAUUGUAGUUGACUACGAGUCAAUCUCAAAAAACCUCGGCAGCUCAACCUAUCAAGAGCGGGUAGUCGUAGUGGUAUACGUAUAGCCAAUUGAUUUUAAAGAUAUUCUCUGAUAUAUUAUCCCCAGUCGUCACAAACAAAAUUCAGGCAAAUGAACAUGUUACAGUACUUCCUUACCACAAAACAGUUGCCAUUGAUUACUUUAACGAAGAUUUGGGACCAAUCACCUUAACACCAACUUUAUCCAAUAUUAUCAUAAAGCGGGAAAUAAGCCGUCGCUCUGCAUGACAGCGAAGACGUACCCAAGACAAUUUGGUUUUUCAUUUCGAUGUUACAUCGCUGGUCAGAAAACACGGUGGCAGUGGUUCGCGCAUCACGGUUGCACUUCAGGAUUACAGAAAAGCGUUAGACUUAGUGGAUCAAAAUAAUUUAAUCCCUAAACAUUUUAGUCUUGGAGUCAAACCUACAGUUGUAUAUUAGAUUGCUGACUUUCCACGUGGCACAUCACAGCGUCUAACGCUUAAUUUGACCGCUUUUCAAAUUUCGAAAUAGUUCCAGCUGAAUUUCGGCAAUAUACCAAGAAUGGUCCUUGGCUACAUUUAGCGAUGAUCAAUGAUUUAGCAAUCCCUGGUAACUCCUCUAACUUGCGGAAAUUUGCAGGGGACAACACAGUUUCCGAAAUAAAAUUCAAAAACUGGAUCAAGUGGACUACAGGAAGAAACGGAUCAGAUAAAUUGUUGGACGAACAAAAAUAAUUUCCAGCUAAAUUCUCAGAAAUGCAAACACCUCCAGAUAACCUCCAGAUAUGCAAACAACCAAAUAACUUUCAAUGACCAAGCUUUUGAAGUCGUCCAAUCUCCCAAAAAUCUUGGUGUAACUAUUAGACAAGAUCUUAAAUGGAAUAAUCAUGCAACUGAUAUUACCUACAAGGCAUCAAAGCGACUAUAUCUUCUAAGACUAUAAAAAAACACAUGUAGACAUGUAGACGUACAUUCGUUAGUGCAAUUCUACUGUACGUGCAUCCGAUUAAUUCUAGAAUAUACCUGCCGUACAGACAUUUUAUAGCAACUUGACAGUGUAUUUGCGUCUAAUAAAUUUGAAAGAAUACAGAGACGAGCUUGUCACAUGCUUUUCCGAGAGGAAGAUUAUGGUGACUUAUUAAAAUUAACAGGCCUACAAUCCUUGGCGGAUAGAAGAGAUUGACUAUGUGGAGAACGUCUUAACUCAGCAUCUCUUAACAGGAACACAAAUUAGCGGAUUUACUAGCACCAGUAAAUUCAAACACUAUAAAUCUUAGGUUCAUCUCAAAAUAUCGUUUAAAGACAGUUCAUUAACAAUUACGCUUCAUAAGCUCCCUCUCUAUUGCGGAUUAUGCUGAAAAAAUAAAAAUGACGGCCGUAUAAAGACGGAGUGAUAGCUUAUAUACUUGCAAACAUUAAAAUAUUUCAAUUGUCGGGUCGGCGUCGGCAGUUUUUAUUAAAGUUUUCAGCAUAAUCAUCAAUAUGAUACUUUACUGUACUUUUUCCAUCACCCCUACAUGCACAAAUAAAAAGCUAGAAUUGCCUAUUAGUUUUGGCCUCCUGCCAACCUCCUGCCAAGAAAUAUUUACUUUUAGUUAUCGCACGGGAAUAUUAUAGUAAGGGAUAUGGAUCAAAUUACAGUAUCUAUUUUAACCCGCAAACUUCAUUCUUCUCCUUAACUCGAAGAUGGGAUUGAUUGACAUAGAAUCACUGUAAAUAUUUUCGUCUUUGAGAACCUGCCCAAACAAAGCAAAAUUACGUGAAACAAUCCUACUUCAAUCUUACUUGUUAUACUUUGAAACAAUUUCGAAAAAACAAGUCACAGUCUUUCAUGAAAUAAGUAACAAAAACUUGAGACCGGUAGCACUCUUCCGGGUAAAGUUUACUUAACUUUUCUUGAUGAUAUCAAUUAGUAUAUAGCUAAUUCUAUAACGCUGUUGAGUGUGGAUGCCAAUAGGGCUUAUAAUUCUGUUUCAACCCCCUGUCGCUUAAAAAGCAGGCACAUUUCAAGUAUUCUUGUUUUUUUCGCGACAAAAAUACUGAACUCAACUCCAACUCAUCUCCAACUCAAAUAUAGCGUGCGAAAAUGCAACGAUAUUUGAUUCCCAAAUAGAUUAUGAUGAAUGUAAUCCUGCAUCAAGUAUUCAUAUUCAAGACUGUGGUACUGGAGCAACAUGUACCAACCAAAUAGGAACAUAUUCAUGUCAAUGUGAUACUGGUUAUGAAGGAACUCCUCCUUUUUGCGCAG